UUUUAAAACUUCAGGCUGAGCAGAGUGAAAACAACGGACAAGCUUAGCAGUGGAAACAGUUAGAUUAAAAGUUGACAAGAAAAUCAUGGUUGGAAAAUUACGUUUUUGUUCCUGUCCUGUUCUGCUGCCUACUGCUUUGGUAUGACUGGUUGAUGACUGAUGACCUGAACAUUUUGUUGCUUUAUUUCCCUGACUAUAAGUGUCUCACAGAUACACAUUCAGUUAUAUUUUAGCAGAUUGCUCAUCAGCUUCCUGUUCCCUUUACAUGUCUCUGCCGGUGGUACUCCCAGGCUCCUGUUGUCCUGUUGCUGGACUUUCAAUGACUUCUCAACACACUGACCUGUCUUCUAGGUCACGUCUUCGAUGUUUGCUAGCACCUGCUGCUCGCCCUGUACCUGCAUCGAUUUCAUCAUCCAGAACUAGUACUGCACUCCUACCAGGUAGACCAUUGCUUUCCCUUGGUUUUCUUCAGCUGGUACUUGGCUGCUCCAUGCUGGCUUUGAGUUUUGGGGCACUCUCCCUUAGUGGCUCUCCACAGGUCAGGAACUCAUGUCCUUUUUGGGCUGGAUCAUCGGUAAUCCUGUCAGGAAUAAUUGGUUUAACAACCUGGAGAAAACCUGCACUGCUUUUGGUAAACCUGUUUAUUUUGUUGUCAGUGGUGUGUGUACUUCUCAAUUUGGCGGGAUUUGUCCUGUGCUGUCAGGGUGCCCAGUUGGUCUCCAGUAUACCAGGCUGCCAAGUGGUCGGGCAUGAUGAAGGCAAGCUUUGUCUCUGCUGUGAGGACUUUUCAGUCUCCAAUUGCACAGGAAAGGACAAUGUCCUAAAACUUUAUCUAAGGCAUUCUUGCAGUUCUUCACAUUUCUUACUGAAGUCCUCCUUUCUCCAGAAAGUCCUGUUUGCUCUGUGCGCUCUGAAUGCCCUGACUACCACAGUGUGCCUCAUGGCUGCUGCCCUGCGAUACUUACAAAUAUUUGCAACGAGAAGACCCAGUACAGAUGAAGGUCGUGUUACUACUGUCGAGGCAGAAGAUCAAGGUCAUAUUCCAGACCCUGAUGAUUUUGUUCCUCCUGCUCCCCCACCAUCAUAUUUCUCAACAUUUUACUCGUAUAGCCCCAGACUAAACCGCAGGUUACUUGGCAGUGAUGUAAUUCCUCUACCUCACAUCUAUGGAACAAGAAUUAAAGGUAUUGAGGUAUUUUGUCCCAUGGAACCUCCUCCACCUUAUGAAGCUGUUGCAGGUCAAUUAAAUACAGAACAGAAUGGAGCACCUCGGGUUACUGAUCUGACAGAGCUUGAUGAGACCAGAGGAGAACCAGCAGCGUCAUCUGAAGGUAGAGAAUCCCCUCUUUCCCAUCUCAGACUGUGUUUUGGACAUCCUGAAAAUGCAGACACUUCAAAACCAAAAAAUAAAGCACCUUUUCGAAGGCUAAAAAAAUCAAAAAGCGAACCCAUACUUCGGAACCUUGUAGCACGAGCCCCCUUACUGAGCUGUGAAGCUGCAACCCAGACUGAAUGGAAACAUGAACUGGGUACUGUCACCCUGCGCAGAGGAGGAAAGGCAAGAGCUGGCAGAUCAAGACCCAGAUCUCUGAUUGAUUACAAGUCAUACAGAGACACAAAGCUAAUUGUUGCGAGGUUCCUAGAGCAGUCUUCCUGCAGCCUGGCCCCUGAUGUGAAAGAACUUGUGGAAAAUAUCAAGACUGUCCUGAAAUCUGAUGAGGAGCAUAUGAAUGAAGCCGUUUUCAGUGCUAAUGUCUUGGAGCAGGUGAUGACAAGUUCACAGCCACGCACAUCAAAGGCCCACACAUUGCCAUUUAGAAAGCAUCCUGGACUAUUGCACCUAGAAAGUUGUGGAGAUCUGAGCACAUUUACAAAAGACGAAUGUCGUCGAGUAGAAAGACGGGAACAAAGAACACAGCAUGAACGACCUCACAGUCUAAUUGAAGUUGUGCAAGAAACUGUCCUUUAAAUAUAUAUAUAUAUAUAUAUAUAUAUAUAUAUAUAUAUAUAUAUAUAUAUAUAUAAUGUAAUGUCACACUGGCUGAUAAUGAAGAAAAAACAGGAGUCAUUGAAAGAGGUGUACCAGAACAUUACAGCAAAAUGGUCUAUCCUUAUGCAGCAUGUCAUUUUGUGCCACCAGUAUAUAUAAGUUUCAGAGAGGAAAUAACAUCCUCUAACUUGAGAAUGUGCCAUAAUGUAAAAGGUAGCACUUUUCUUACAGAACAGAAGAAAAGGGUCAGAGUAUAUGUAAUUCUAUUCCUCAUACAUAUACCUCAUGUGAAUUUUAACACCAGUGAACCUUCAAUGUAUAACAAGGAAUUAAGAAACUGUGUGUAUAUAUUUACUGUACAUAUAUCCGUGUGCCGAUGUGUAUAUAUGUAUGAAAGAUAAGAAUAAAAUGCAUAUAUCUAUAUUUAA